AACAGCAAGGCGGAAGUAAAAAGAAAACAACAGCAGAAGAAGACGGAAGUCUCUUCUCGGUGUUUUGUGGUUGUUGUUGUUGUUUGUUGUUGUUUGUUGUUGGAGCACAGAUGGACACGCAGUCGUAUUUCCCGGUCCAAGCCGGCGUCGGGAUGGAGGAGAACUUCCUGUCUCUGGACGACAUUCUGCUGUCUCACGAGAGGCUUCCCGUCCGGACCGAGUGCACCUUCCCGCGGCUCGGGUACCUGGAGAAGUCCAGCGACGCGCACGACAUCGCGGAGGGUUCAAAGAUGGAGCUCCCCCUGUGGUUGUCCAAGGGUCUGUACGAGAGGAAGAGGAGGGUUCUGUCCGUGGAGCUGCCCAAGGUGUACCGGGAGGGCUGGAGGACCGUGUUCAACGCCGACCCCAACGUGGUCGACCUGCACAAGAUGGGGCCCUACUACUACAGCCUGGGCUCCCAGAUGCUGCACUUCGACAGCCCCGAGAACCCGGACAUCGCAGGGACGCUGCUGCAGACGUUCAUUGGCCGGUUCCGUCGGACCAUGGACUCGUCGCAGAACGCCUACAACGAGGACACGUCGGCGCUGGUGGAGCGUCUGGACUCGCUGGAGAAAGGUCUGUUCCGCUCGGGGCAGAGCGGACUCAACGGGUUCCAGAGCUGGGAGAAGGGUCAGGCCACGCAGAUCACCGCCUCCAGUCUGGUCCUCAACUACCGCAAGAGGAAGAUCAACGACCUGCAGCCCUGACCUCUGACCUCUGACCCCGAGCUGCCUAACAACCGGUCGGUACGGCGGACACACGGCAGCGACAGACUCUGGACUCGACUUUUCCUUUUGCCUGUGAACUUGUAAACAUCACAGGUGAUUGAUUGAUUAAUGGAGAACUUGGGUCAAACAGUCGGGACCCUAUGAAUUGACCUGCGUGUUAAAUGUACAGUUCAUACUUCUUUUUUUAGAUUCUUUAUUCCUUAAAAUCCUUUUUGCAACCAAAAGACUUGUUCAGAAUGGGGUUUAUUUAAUAUUAAUAAAACUAUCCAUCUAAUAUC